UGGAAAGUGUCUUAUUGUUUUUUAAUCUCAAGGUGGUUAAAACUUAAGGAAAGCUUUUUAUAAUAGCAAGUGAGAUCGAAAUUUAGAGGAUAAAGAAAAAAAAAUUAUUACAAGUGCUGGAGAUUAAAAUUGAGGUUUAACUAAAAUCAUUAACAAUUUCUUUUACAAAUUACAAGUGUCCGUCCCAUUGAUGAUGAGAUUUGAAAAUAAGUUAAGGCUGGCUGGUCAUUUUUAACCUGGUAGGGAACUGGGCUAAUGUGCCGUUAUUUGAUUGGGCUUCUCAUCAAUAAACAAAAGCACAGGAGUUCCAUCGUUUUAAUUUUUAACACCAACGCGCAAAAACGAGACCGAUAAUCAUAAACCCUAGAAAAACCCAAACCAAAGCAAAGAGAAUGGUGGUGGGGCUUUGGCAAUUCACGGCAAGAGCCAGCAACGGUGCUGGAGAACCAGUUCUCGAUCCUGAUAACGGCGAGGAGCUUGUUCAUGUCCAAGCUUCCGUUUCCAUUGCACUCGGGAAUCGUGCCCCGGAAUACCCUGGCACUCUCUACAUCACCACCAAGCAAGUGAUUUGGCUGAGUGAUGUGGACCGAGCAAAGGGCUACGCCGUUGAUUUCUUGUCUCUGUCGCUGCAUGCUGUAUCAAGGGACCCGGAGGCUUACCAUUCUCCCUGUAUCUACACUCAGAUUGAAACUGAAGCUGAUGAAGAUGAGUCUGAGGAUUUGGAUUCAGAAUGUAAUGAGGUUUUAGAUUUAACCAAGGUCACAGAGAUGCGGCUUAUUCCUUCAGAUGUUAGCCAUUUGGAUACUCUGUUUCAGAUUUUCUGUGAGUGUGCUGAGCUAAAUCCGGAGCCUAUUGAAGAAGGAGAAGAAGAAGAACAUAAUUGGAUUUUUAGUGCUGAUCAGUUAGAAGAUGAAACUGGAGAGGGUGAUGGUCCCGAAUGGCAUUUCCCCCAGAAUCUGACAAACUCAAUUGGUCAUUCAAAUGGUGAUGAUGACCUAGCUCACACAGUACUUGAGCUUCAAAUCAAUGAUCAACGCUUCGACGAUGCGGAAGAGAUGGAACAAGCUAGUGAUAGGAGUCAUCAUCAUCAGUGAGCUCCCUUGUGACCGUUGCCUUUCAAUCCAUAUGCCGGAAUUUCAAAUUAUGGCAGGAGUGAAUUGAAUGCAAGUGUUGCCUUCUAAUGUAUUUUUCAUCAAUACCCUAGACUUUGUUGUCUAUCCUUUAAAAUGACCCAAACAAGAUGCCAUGAUGGCAAUGUUUUCUUUUUUUUAAAAAAAAGAAAAUAACUUGCACUUUUAAAUUAUUUUCUUCAUAUAUUUCAUUUUAUCAUUCACAGAUCAGGCAUUGCUUGCAGAAAAUACCAGAUAACGAUUAAUGUGGAAAAAUGUGUCCGUACCCUUCAUUCUAUGAGGUUAGAGUCUGGACAAAAGGGUCGUUGGGGGACGCUUUAAAUAGCGGGACAUGCCUUUUCACUGCAAUUGAUUAAAUGCGUCAGAAGCACAGAUUUUGAAUCGAUUCAUCAAAUUGGCGUCAGAAGCACAGUUCUGCAACAUGCUUUUGGCGAGAGGGUUAAUGGCAUUUGUUGAAAUAUCAUUGAGACCAAUUUGUUGAAAUAUUCUUGCUGUUGGAAAUUUCGGUU